CGCGGGCGGAUUGGAUGACUGGGUGGGGUUUCUGACGUCAUGUUUGACUAAUCUGUUCCACCCCACGCCGGCGCUUACUUUGUGCGUCACUUCCCGGCGGCGCCGAACGGAGUGACCAACGGCUUACAGAGCAACAUGCCGAAGUUUUAUUGUGACUACUGCGAUACAUACCUCACCCAUGACUCUCCAUCUGUGAGAAAGACACAUUGCAGUGGUAGGAAACACAAAGAGAAUGUGAAAGACUACUAUCAGAAAUGGAUGGAAGAGCAGGCUCAGAGCCUGAUUGACAAAACAACUGCUGCAUUUCAACAAGGAAAGAUACCUCCUACUCCAUUCUCUGCUCCUCCUCCUGCAGGGGCAAUGAUCCCACCUCCCCCCAGUCUCCCGGGUCCUCCUCGCCCUGGUAUGAUGCCAGCACCCCAUAUGGGGGGCCCUCCCAUGAUGCCAAUGAUGGGCCCUCCGCCUCCUGGGAUGAUGCCAGUGGGACCUGGUUCUCAGCAUGGGCCUCCUGCUCACCUUUCCUACAACUCCGAACAAACGCUUAGUGCUCCUGGAAUGAGGCCGCCUAUGGGAGGCCACAUGCCAAUGAUGCCUGGGCCUCCAAUGAUGAGACCUCCCGCCCGUCCCAUGAUGGUGCCCACUCGACCAGGGAUGACUCGACCAGACAGAUAAGGCGAUUGGGGAGCCUCUUUAUAUCAGUUUUAUAUUACUCGUUCUACUUCACCAGGAGAUUGUGGUGCUGUGACUCUGGAUGUUUUUUUAACAGCGUGACAAGGAAGACUUGCUCCCGCCUUCCUAUCAGAGAGAGAAUAGUUUUGGAGGGGAGUAGUUGAGGGGAAAAAAACAAUUUUCAUUUGUAUUGUGAAAUGUGAAAAUAAAAUUGUCAACUCUUUUAGUUAAAAAUUGUUCCCUUUUUCCUCACUUCUGUAUUAUAAAGGAGGUGAAGUGUU